UGCCUUAAUUUUCUCUUAGUUAUACAAAACGUGAUCAAUCAAAGACGACAAGUACAACAAUGAAUUCUCGACCACCUCCCGUAGGCUAUGGAUUCCAUCCAACCGAUGAAGAAUUGGUGACCUAUUACUUGAGGUUUAAAAUGCACGGUGGCUAUGAACAAGAAGUCAGCAUAAUCGCAGAGGCUAAUGUGUGCGAUUAUGAGCCUUGGGUUCUGCCUGAGCUUUCAGCAAUUAAAGAGCCAAACGACCCAGAGUGUUAUUUCUUCUGUCCUCGCAGUUACAAGUACGCAAAUAGCGACCGGGCUAAUAGGACAACUCAAGCUGGAUACUGGAAAGUCACAGGCAAGGAUCGUCUAGUCAAAACUAAAACCACCAAGGAGCAUAUUGCUACCAAGAAGACUCUGGUUUUCUACGAGGGGCGUGUUCCUAACGGGAUCAAGACCAAUUGGAUCAUGCACGAGUACCAUCCAAACUUCAGCUUCCCUAACCAGAGGGAAUUCGUUCUCUGCAAACUGAAGAAAGAUCCAAAUGCGAUCAUGCCAACAUAUGAAGAAGGUGAAGCAAGCUUCAAUGUCACUUCUGAUCAUUCUGAAAAUCGAAACUCAACUGAUCAGUGUCAUCAUCCCCAAACCUUUGAAGAAGGUGAAUAUGGUGCCUGGACGGCUUCUAAUUUCACCAACAACGAGCCAGAGGAAGAUACUUAUCAAUUCCAAGCACAACUGGACUCAUUGCGUGGCUACGAUAUUGAGGGAUGUUAUAGCCUGGACUCUGCCCUACAGUUUCAAUACGGGGAUAUUUACUGAAAAAACCCCUUCCCGCAAUGGGUUCCUAGCAUCCAUGUCUGUCAAACUUUAUCUAUAUAUAGCACUGUACCAACUUCAUGCCCUGAAGUUCCUAUUUUUAAGUCUUAAUAGCGUAUUUGUAUUAAACCUAGGACCAACAGAUCAGUUCAUCCGCUGCAUGCAUUGGAUGGGCUGAUCAUAUGUCAUAGGAAAGUACCUUUGUUGUUUUUCUGGAGUGGAAUUUAAUGCAUCUCGAAUGUGUUCUGCUUUUUACU